CGCGUGCGUCGAGUAUGGGCGGAGAUGGCAUGUCGUAGUGCUGAGAUGGCCGCGCCGCGUGUCGCGCGCGCCGCUACGUUCACCGCACCGCUCGCCGCGCCGCUCGUCGCUCUGCUCGCCGCGCUGCUCGUCACCGCCACAGCACGCGCGCCCACACAGGAUCCCGUGGUCUUUGAAGCCGCUUUCCAAGGGCGGUGCGGCGCGGGCAGCCCGUGCGAGCAGCUGUGCCGCGAGCUACACGACGGCACGUACGAGUGCGGCUGCGGGCCCGGCUACGUGCUGCACGUCGACGGCUACGGCUGUCUAGAAUUGAAUUCAACAAAAGCCACUGUAACCUCGUUGGAUGCCGAAGAAGAUAUCUUAUAUCAGAAAGACGUAUCUUUCUCAGCUGAACUAGAAGUAGCGCCGUCCAAUAGAAUUAGUAAACCUAUUCUAAGCUUAAAACAUAUCGAGGAAGAGAAAAGAUUAACAACGUCACCGUCAGUGGACGCGAGACAUAACUAUACGUACACGGGGGAGAGAUCGAAACAGGUUGACGGACUGAAGAGCCUCAUUGAGGAUGGAAUCAGCAAAACUGACAUCAACAUUAUCGCUGACGAGAUCAAAGACGGGCUACUCGAGGCUAGUCAGAAGGUGACUACGAUUGGACCCAGUUUAGAACAAAAGGUGCCCGGUGCAACAGUGUCACCUCCGUGGACGGCGGCGGUGGAAGCAUGCGGGUGCGACUCUUCCUGUGGACCAGAAAGAUGUUCUUGCCACCAUCCUCUUAGCAAAUGCAAAUCAGAUCCGAACAUUUCAACGCCCCGUUUCUCCGGCUCGUCGUGGAUCGCGUUGCAUGCGUUGCGCGGCGCGUACAAGCGUGUGCGCGUACGCGUGCGCGUGCGACCAGAGCGCGCGCGCGGCGUGCUGCUGCUCACCGGCGAGCACGACGACCUCUCCGGCGACUACCUCGCGCUCAUGCUCAGGAAUGGACAUGUCGAACUCAGGUUUGACUGCGGCAGCGGCGCGGGCGUGCUGCGUUCCCCGGAGCCCGUCCGACUCGGCCACUGGAACACAAUCUCUGUGUACCGCCACCGCUGGGACGCCUGGCUGCGACUCAACAACGGAAAACGCGUGCGAGGCAGGUCCAAGGUAACAAUAGCUUUGUCGUUACUCGUGACAAACUACAAGCCCACCGUAACUGAGUGA